AGUGCGCAGGCGCCACCUGUCAGCAACCGCCUCUCCCGCGGCUCGUGCGCGCCGCCGCCUUAACCCGUGAGCUGCCGGGCGGGCGGGCGAGCGAGCAAGCGAGGCAGCGAGCAAGCGAGGCAGCGAGGCAGCGAGGCCGGCAACUAGCGAACAGUCCAACUGGUUGCCUCAUCUGUGAAGGCAAGAUGAGUAAGGCAAGCAUCAAAAAGAGAGGCUCCACUUUUGAAUCUGUCUCCACUGAAACAGUGUCGUCUGGCUCGUUUUCUCAGCUACAGAAUAUGAGUGCAAGCAACAAAAGCAUCCAUACUCCACAUUCAGAAAUGCCAGAGGUCAAUGGAAAUGACACACCUGUGACUGAAGAAGAAAAAGUACAAGAAGAUGAUGUGAAAGAGAUGCCUCAGUCUGUUUCAGAAAGUGUAUCCGUGUUAGUGAGAGCAGAUGCUCCUGAAUUGGGGACAUCAGAGAGUGUGGCUUUGAACACAGAGGAACCUGCAGACGUGAUAGAAAGCAUGUUUCCAUGGAGGGACAAUUUCUUUGAAAAAAUUGAGAAAAGAUCCAUAGCCAUGCAGAAUAAUGUAAUCAAUAAGUUUCUCCUGCAAAAGGAACUAGACAAAAAGAUGGAUAAAAAGUUCCCUUUGGAUGACUUGGCCAAUGAAUGGUUAAAUGAUGACAAAAGGACAUUGGAUACUCAAACCUAUUUACUUGAAAAGCUGUUGCCUACACUGAUGCCAGGGGUUGAAAAAAUGUUAAUGGAAGUGGAAAAGAGGAAGCUUUUGGGAUUGAAUAGGAGGACCAAUUUUAAUCCGAUUAAUUAUCUGGGGGAAUACCUGAUGAGACAUAACCCCAAAUAUCAAAAAGAAUUACCAGAAUCUAGUUAUCUGAAAGCAAUGAAAAAUGUCACGAAGGAGAUGAAAACCCGAAUUCCUGACACUCCCUUCAAUAGAGUAUUCAAGAUGAAGAAAGAAGUCAACGAAAAGCAAGAGCAGAGAGAACAUAUCAGCAAAAUCAAGAUCUGUGUGGGUAUGAUGCGGAAGGAAGCUCUGGCCAUGCAGUUCAAAGAAUGGCUUCUGGAUACUAAUGGAAUGAUUCCACUUCCUGUGAUUCAGAAUGCUGCCGGAGCGUUUCUGGACACCCCAGCAGGACGGAAAGCUGCGGCACUUUACCAGCCAUUGGAAUUUCUAGGAUCAAUGAAAGAUAGGAGAGAUGAAGAAGGUUUUAUAGAGGAGAUCUUUCCAUGUGUCAAGGACUUAACAAGUGAAAUGUUCACAGACUUCCUGAAGCACCUUUGCCUGUGUGCAGAUGACUUCUGGGAAAUAGUGAAACGUGACAGAUGGAGGCAAAAGUUUUUAAACCUCUUCCUGGCCUGUGAUGCUGGAAAGAUGGGGUUCCUGGACCGGGAGAGGACAUUGACCUUGCUGGAAAACUUCUAUGACAAAAGCCCGAAGAUAGUUAAAAAGCUAUUCCGUAACCCAAGAUAUUGGCCAUUCAUUGAAUUUGGAGACAUAGAACCAGCUGAGCUCUGGGGAGACUUGGAAGACGAGAGGAGCCCUUUUGAGUCAUUGGAGCAAAUAGGUGCAGGAGAGAUGAGGACACCCCUUUUUGCCAUUGAGAACCAAUCAUCCCAGUACUACACAGAAGAGGUUGAAGAGGAGGAAUGUGAACACACAAUCAUUAGCUGGCCUACUACUGUUAUGACCUAUGGAGAUGACUCAGAGCCACAAGAAACAAUGAAUGAUGAGGAAGAAGUGGUUCAUGAGGAUGUGAGGCGGUCCUCAGAACAGACGCAGGAUGAUGUGGGUUCCACAGAGGAGUUACCUCUAAAAUCACAGACUAAGAAAAGAUUAAGUCAAGAAGCAAAGCAGGGAGAGACUUCCACAGAAGAAGGAGAAUCAUCUGCAAAAGAGGGAGAACCAUCUGAAGCACAGGGGGAACCGGCCAAAGAGGAGGGGGAACCGGCCAAAGAGGAGGGAGAACCGGCCAAAGAGGAGGGGGAACCGGCCAAAGAGGAGGGGGAUCUAAUCAAAGAGGAGGGGGAACCGGCCAAAGAGGAGGGGGAACCGGCCAAAGAGGAGAGGGAACCGGCCAAAGAGGAGGGGGAUCCGGCCAAAGAGGAGGGGGAACCGGCCAAAGAGGAGGGGGAACCGGCCAAAGAGGAGGGGGAACCAGCCAAAGAGGAUGGAAGACCUAUUGAGCCAAGUUCAUCCCAGGGUUCACUAGGAAAACAGAGAGACUCUGUAGAAGAGAAGAGGGACUCCGGAAUGGAAGCAAGAAAAUCCUCAGGGGGACCAGCGAAGGAGGAUGGAUCAGCAACAGAACAGAAGAGCUCUACCACAAGAGCACAAGAGCCUGGAGGAGAGCAAGAAGAAUCUUCAAAGAGGCCACAAGAACCAUCCAUGUCUGCAGCAGAGCCGGGACAAGUGCCCACAGAGAAGAAAGCGUCAAUAGAACAGAAAGAAGCCGCUUCCCUGGAAGAAAGCACCGCGCUCCAAGAGAAAAGCAGCCAAAACAUCUCCACAGAUUCUCCAGAAGAAGAGAAAGUUGAAGUGCAGCUCAAGGACUCCAAGUCAACCACAGAAGAAAACCUCCCAGAAACUGGAGACAAAGACACGAGCUGCGAGCUCAGGAGCCAGCUAAUAGAAGGGAAGCCAUGGUCAGGCGAGCUCUUAACUUCUGACCUGAGUAAGACGUAUAUGAAAUACGGAGAAAAGAAACAGGCUUAUUUAGUCUCCGAUGAUCCCAGGUUCUCAGAGCUGCGUCCAAUAAUCCUCAAAAUGCAGAGUCAGGAAGAGUCAAAGAUAAGGAGCUUGUUCACCAAGAGCUACCUCACAGUGCCACAGUUCGUUCAGCUCCUGGAGAUGUUUGUAGGGAAUGGCGUCCCCCCUGGCGUCAUGAAGAAGUUCCUCCACUUUUUAAGGAAGAAUUACGUGGAGACGCAUGAAGAGAAAAUGAACCGCUUGGUGAAGAUUCAUCAAGAGACCAUGGAAAUGAGAAGGAAGAUACUCCUGGAAGCUCUCUUUCGGAAGUGGGAUAAUGAAGGCUCUGGCUUCCUGGACCUGUACGAGGUUGAUAAACUUCUGUUUACCUACAAGGAAGGCAUGGAGAAAGUAUCAAUGAUGAAAGCAAAACUGUACAUGAAACUACCAAGGCCCCAUCCUGGCAACGAAGUGAGGUUAAAUGCAGAUCAGUUUGGAAACUACAUUGAGCUGGUCGUGGCUGAGCUUACUGGGAACGAAAAUGAAGUCUUUGACAACGUGGUGGAAUUUCUGAUGAUGAGCCUGAAGCGGAACCACACGGAACAGCUCCGGAGCACGGCUCGGCAGAAGUGGCUGCAGAGGAUCCAGCAAGCCGCUGAAACCAGCGGGGUUUGCCUGGAGCCUGUGUACACAGCGGUCCUCGAGGCCUUGACGAAGGAUGCUGAAGUCCAUGGCAACAAGAAGAUUAGUGCCUACAUUGCUCUCUUGGAAGAGAACAAAACCAUGCCGAAGAGAGGAAACGUCCUCCUGAGGAAUGUGGCUUGUACCAAAGAAGAUGCCCCAUUUCUCCUGAAGCAAGCACUUUACCGGGACAUGAAAGGAAUCAGUUUUACAGUGGUGGAUCAGGGAAAGCCAAUCCAUGUCCCACAAGUUCAGAAGCAUGGAAAUAUCCACUUCUGGAACCCUUCCCGUGAACAAAAGGAUUGUAAAGGGUCAUUCCUGGCUGUCCCUCUUGAGGAUGCUUAUAAGAGAAGUUUUGGGAUCCUGGGAGUAGACACCCUACGGGAUACCUCCAGAAAAAGCAUCUUCGUAGCUCAUGAGAUCAGCUUCUAUCAGGGUGUGGCCAAUGCAUUUAGUAUUGCCUACCACUAUGUCCACAGCCGGGAACACAUCUUGCAUGUGAUAGCAACUGCUGUUAGCUGGCUCCGCAUUGUGGCACCUAGUAUCAGGAACAUUACCACCUUCCUGGUGGAACCUGGACCAGACCAGGAUUCAGAUUACGUUCUACGAAAAAUGAUGUACUUGGACAAUAAAAGACAUAUGUUAAUCUUCGCCUCUCCCGCCAUCCUCCACAGAAGGGAGAAUCUGUUCAGAGACUAUAUCUUUAGAAGCAUAGACACCUCUGAGGUUAUUUUCACCUAUGCCCUUGGGAACUAUCAUGUAGUUGUUCCAAUUCGAGACAGAAAGGGCCAGGCACUGGGGUUGCUUGAUUUCACCACUGCACAGAAGAAGAUGUUGUCAGUUCAGGAGUACAAAGAUCUACAGAAAAUGUUGAAGAUAGUCCAAGAAGCCUGCAAUGAAAUACUAGGCGAAUGCUCUGGAAAAAUCCAGAAAAAAUAUGUCCUAGAGAUGGAACACAAGGGAGAAGUACAAAGAGCUGGCGUUCUCUUCUUGCACAUCAUGCUGAAAGAGGUCCAGGGGAGGAUCCGCGAGCUCAAUCCUCAGGCCUUCCAAGAGCUGAAAUAUUAUUAUGAUCAAUUUUUGCCUAUGAUGUACGACCCCCCACUCAUUGGAAAGGGUCCUCCCAAGCCUCAUACUUUGGUCCAUGACAUCCUAAAAACAAUACUGUUGAUCCUUCAUCCAGAGUGGGAGAAUACAGAGACUGUCGAGGACUGGGGUCAGUGUAAAGAGCACAUUACCAAUGACUUAAUUGCCAGCCUUUGCAUCUUUGAUCCCACUACAGAAAAUGUCAAAGUUGAUCCAGAUCUCAUUUCUAAAUUUACCAAAGGGAAUCCCCGAAAAAUCGUGUGGUUGCAGCAAUCCAUUGCCAUCGAAUACUUGUACCACUGGGCACUUACCUGCCUGUGUCUGAUCGAGCUGAAAUCUAAACUGGAGGGCAAAUACGCUCCUCCUCUGCCCCCAGGAGAGAUGGCCCCAAAUAGACUGCAGGUCAGAUUUUAGUAGACCAACCUUGAGCGGGGUGGGUAGAAUAGUUAAAGAGCUUUUUUUCACUAUGUUCAGCUUUCUUUGUUAGUUGUUAAGAUAUUUUCAUCUAGAAAGAAGUGCUUCUAGAUAAAGACUUCAUUUCAAAGCCAAGUCAGAGGAAAGUCUUGGCCCUAGAAAGAUCAAAGUUAUAAAGCCAAAUAUCUCAGAAUUCUGGCCUUUCUAACUCCUAAAGGGUGUCAGCAUUGAAGGUUGGGCGGUAUUUGUUUCAUUUUUGUCAUGGGAACGUAGGCAGAAAGGGAAAGACAAGGCUUAAGACUGUAAAAAGUCUGUAACUCUAAAACAGAAUAAUAUAUUGCCUGUUAGAAGAACUAGAACAGAUGACUUUUAAUUCUGAUCAACUCCUAGUCGUUCUGACUCAUGGCCCUUUGGCCAUUGUAAAGUCAUGUUAACUAGAAAGUCUUGUGGAAAGAGCAUCUUUGUCUCUUACUCAUGGGAAAAAGCCAACACCUUUGUUUCAGAGGGCCCCGCCUAGCUCAAGAACAGCAGAAAGAUUUUUACUUGUUUAAAGUGUGAUUCCAGCAAACUUUGCUGCUUGGCGGUGAGAUUCCAUCUUUGUAAUAAUGUAUCUGAUGGCAGAGUCCAUUUUUUAAUAAAAUUUUGGGAAAUUAAAAGUUCUUUUUCUUUAUUCAGUUGACAAAGUGUGAUGUCUUCCAAAUACUUUGUAAUUUGAGAUUGGAGGUUCCUUUUUAACCUUUUCUGAUAAGAUGGCAGCAUUAUUACCAGGCCCGAUCUCAAUGGAUUAUCAGAUGCCUGGCUUAACCCGAAAGCCUGUUUCAUAUUUGAGAGAAAGCA